CUAAACACACAAAUUCCACAAAUUACCUUAUAAUUUUAGUGUAAACAGAGAAAUGGAGAGAGGUCAGAGAGCCUACAAAGGUCACUGCUUGGUCUUACCCUAUCCGAGCCAAGGCCAUAUUAAUCCUAUGCUCCAAUUUGCCAAGCUUUUAUCUCACAAAGGAGUUAAAGUCACACUGGUCACUACCCGCUAUAUCCACAAGACAAUGUACGGGUCAGCAUCAAGCUGCAUAGCGCUGGAUCUGGAGACCAUCUCCGAUGGCUACGAUGAAGCCGGGAGAGGAGAAGCAAGCAUUGAUGCCUAUUUGGAGAGCUUUUGGAAAGAAGGGUCAAAAACUUUGGCUGAGCUACUUGAGAAGCUUUCAAGCUCAGGGCCUCCAGUUGAUUGUGUUGUUUAUGAUGCGUUCAUGCCUUGGCCUCUGGAUGUUGCGAGGAAGUUUGGAAUUGCUGGGGCUACUUUCUUCACCCAGUCUUGUGCUGUUGCCAACAUCUACUACCAUGUCCACAAAGGACUUUUGAAAGUUCCUCUUGCUGAUGAUCAGUCUCUGAUUUCCCUUCCCGGGUUGCCACCACUUGACCCUCUGGACUUGCCAUCGUUUGUAUACGAUUUGGAGUAUUGCCCAGCUUUUUACAGAGUGGUUGUGGGUCAGUUCUCCAAUGUUGACAAAGCUGAUUGGGUCCUCUGCAACACAUUUUAUGAGUUGGAAGAACAAGUGGUGGAUUGGCUGGCUAAGUUUUGGCCACUGAGGACUGUUGGACCAACUAUACCAUCCAAGUACUUAGAUGAGCGACUUGAAGAUGACAAAGAAUAUGGUGUCAACCUCUUUAAAUCAGACAAUGAUGCCUGCAUCAAAUGGCUAAACGAAAGGCCAAAAGGGUCUGUUGCUUAUGUAUCCUUUGGCAGCGCAGCGAAACUUGACGAUGAGCAAACGAAGGAGCUGGCUUGGGGUUUGAGAAGGAGCAAAAGUAACUUCUUGUGGGUGGUUAGAGCAUCAGAAGCAGCUAAGGUGCCAAAAGGGUUCGUCGAGGAAACAUCGGAGAAGGGUUUGGUGGUCUCAUGGUGCUCCCAAUUGGAGGUUUUGGCUCAUGAGGCUGUUGGAUGCUUUGUUACACAUUGUGGUUGGAACUCAACUUUGGAGGCUUUGAGUUUGGGGGUUCCAAUGUUGGCAAUGCCACAAUGGACUGACCAAAGAACCAAUGCCAAGUUCAUUAUGGAUGUGUGGAAAAUAGGGAUCACAGCUCCAUCUGAUGAGAAAGGGAAGGUGAGAGAAGAAGUAGUGGAACAUUGCAUAAGUGAAAUAAUGGAGGGAGAGAGAGGGAAAGAAAUGAAAAUCAACGCCCUCAAAUGGAAGGAGUUGGCUAAAAAGGCAGCGGAUGAAGGUGGAAGUUCAGACAAAAACAUUGACGAGUUCAUUUCAAAGCUGGUUCAGUGAUGGCUAUGUGCUAGAAAAGCCACAUAAGUAAAAUAAAAACAGCUUUUAAGCACUACGUGUGAUUCCAAUAAGAUUGUAAUCCAAAUCUUAUCAAUGGUCGUUGUCAUCUUAUAAAUAUGUCUUUUCAUCUUGGUA